GAAUCAUGCCUAACGUUCCGAAAAAAACACCAAUAAUGUGACCAAGGCCAUAUACGUAAUUUGACUAUAUAGGUCGCAUCAACAGAUAUUUUGUCCUUCCCACAGGAAAAUGGCAGCACCGUCGAGAUCAACAUGCGUGCGGACUGUUAUAUAAUUUUUAACAAACCGCAAACAAAUUAACACACCUUUCGCGGCAACCCUUUCGGAUCUAUUUAAAUUUUUGUUAUUAUUUGACAAUUCAUUGUAAUAAAUUUCAGUCUGAAACUUGAAACGGUGAUGUGAAAAAAUUUUCGUAGGGUUUUCAGUCCAUUAAGCUUUCGAAAUAGUUAAAUUGGUAGUCAUGAGGAAAUUAACUAUGGGUUGAAAUGGGAGAUGUACCAGAUCUUCCACCAACAAGCCUGUCAAAGGCUAUCAAGGAGGGAGGAGAAGUUUUCGCAUCAUGGCUGAACCACCAGACCCUCCUGUCGGUACCGCGCGAGUACCCUCCGCCACCAGACACCAGGGUGCCAUGGAACAAAUCACAUAUGGGAAUGCCAGACAACAAUGGACCAUCUUUUGCUCGAAUAUACUACAUCGCGAGGCCCAAAAAAGUCAUUGGCAUGGAAGUACACACGAGAACCAACGACGAGGUUCUGCACGUGCCAAAGGCGGCGCUCAAGUACAACAUUACCGACCACGUGUUGAUGAUGUCCCAUCCGAAGAAGGUCCACCCGCCGGAUGUGAACGAGCCAUGGCAUCUCAAGAACAAGGGCAAGAAGUACCACCUGCCCGAGCGGGUGGCCAUCAUCGCGCGGCCUCGCAAGGUGUAUCCGAGCACCGACCGGCCAGCCAGCGAGAUCGGCCACCCGCCACGCGCCGCCCUCUACGGCCACCCUCCGCGACGUGGCGACUCGGCGCCCGCCAAGAAGGCCGCGCCGCCGCCGCCCAAGCCAGCUCCACCUCCUCCACCGCCGCCUCCGGCAGCCGCGGAGCCGGCCGCGCCGUCAGCGUCCACCACCGGACCGACCACGACCACCUCGUCGACCGAGCCGACGGGCACCACGUCGACGACCGGCGGUCCGACGACCAGCGGCAGCUCGUCGGGCGUGACGUCCAGCUCGUCGGGCAGCAGCGGCGCCGGUGGCGGCUCAGAGUCGUCGCCGUCGGCCGACACGUGAGCCGCGCGCGCCGGCCCGCCGCAGAGCGGUGCUGACAGGAGCGGACAGCGCGGAGGGUGGCGAGAGGAGAGCGAACGCCGCACCGACGCUGCGCCAAGGACCGAUAGGUAGUUACACCGACCACUAGGACGGACCGAGGAGUCCUGCAGACAGCCCCGAGGACGGUUCGAGUGGACGUGGCUUGACACAUGAUGACAACAGGAGGGAGUCACUGCGGAGGUUUCGCUUCGGGACCCGAGCGGUCGGUGUCACGGCCAGACGUCGGGCGUCUCGUUAUUAGGCGCAAAGUCUGAACGCCGCUGGUCUGUGUCGAACAGUGGAGUGGCCCAGAGCUGCUAGGAAGCUGGAGCUGGAGACCUGUGGCUGCAUGGCAUCCGUACCGGCGGACUGUGGCACGACCAGAACUAUCCUACUUUAUAGCUUCGCGGUUAAUGGGUACUAAAGUUAAAUGCAGAGAAGAAGAAUAAUGUGUUAAAGCCACGGUUGCAGUGUUUGUUCAUUUUUACCGAAGUUACCUACCGAGUGUUGCGCUUGAAAGAAAUACAACGUAUACCUACAGUA